AUGAGCGAGAAUUUGGAGUACCUUCACACCUCAGAUGGUAGUCGAUUUCUCUCAUCUUGCAAUCUCUUCUUCGCAUUCGUCCGUCUGCCUAAUGGACCCCCCUCAUUGGGCGGGUUCCUAAAGUAUGGGCGGGCUGGUCCCUCCCCGAGUCCCCAGGCUCCCCUAACCCUUCCGCAGACCCUCCGUUACGGUGGUGCUGAUGCUAAAGAUGGCGACAAGAACCCUGAGGCCCAAUUACAAUGCUUGCCCUGUCUGUGGCGGUGGGGUGACAAGGCAUCGUCCCGGGCGGUCCACCAUUGGGGCCCAGCACCAGCAAACUUUGGGCAUUUGCUCCUGAGGCUCGUUUGCGGAUUGCCUGUCGAUAUCCACGGUGGUCCUGAAUGGUGCCAUUUCUCGAGGUGUCUUAUCUUCGGCUCUCGCUUGAGUAUGUCAGAUAAGGGUCCCGGGGAGUCCGCGCUCAACAGGAUGCGCGCAAUCGACAGCUUUUGUAGUGGGCCCAUCAAGGUUAGCCUGUGUCCUCCAUCCGUACCUAGGUAUGGAGCACCCAGCUGCCAUGCCUGGCGCCGGCCGGGGCCAAGUGGCUUCCUGAUUGCACAGCUUGACAGGACCGCCUCUUUUGGCUUUAGCCUGGCUUCGUCCGCGCUCGCCGGCGGCAGUUCUCAGCUAAGCUUGCUGAUAAUCGUAGCCUUGUCAUCGUUCAGCUCAACAUUGCCCACCAUGGGCACCACGAUGUCAGUCAUCAAGACCUUGAUCGUGCCUGCCAUCAUCUCGCUUAUUCUUUUCCUCGUUUCGACCUACGUUGCCCUGCCGCUCUGGCGCAGAUGGCGCAGUCGUUAUAGCCAAUAUCUACCUCUCGAUACCAUAUCGACCUCGACUGUGUCAUUGCGACACCGCGUGCAAAAUGCGUUUGCAAGGAUGAUGGUCCCGUCAACCUGGCGGCGGAAUGCUCAUGAACGACUCGUCAUCGCGACCGACGCUUCCGAAGACGGUUAUUCGUCAGAAGAUGGCGAGGAGCUUGGGGAGGUUGGUGAAGAUACCCGGAGAGCUCUGACAGAAGAUGCUCGGCGAGACAGGCACGACAGCACGAGGCGCUUGAGCCGAGACCUGGAAGAGGGCUUUAGAGAUGACAGUGACGAUGAAGAUGAUGGAGCUGGUAAUAGGCGCCUCGUUACCGGCCACGAGGACACUCAGCUGAAUAUUCGCCUUGCCUUUCCAUCAUACGUGGUGAAUGGACAUGGACACGCGAACUGCCCGCGAUGUCUCUCUCGGCAAUCGCCUGUUCCAGGAAAGUCUGCCAUGUCAAGCGACCCGGAUCUCGUACUUCGCACCCAUCCAAGUUCAAGUUCUGGUUCCGCAUUACUAAGGCAGGCAUUCGGCAAACGUGGGAAUCAACUGAACCUUAUGCCGCCUGCCAACCUGCCUCACUUUGGUCGACUGUCUCGCUCCAUCUCUGCUCUGUUUGGUCUGAGUUGGGGUCAGGCGCAACCACAUGUCCGAAACAAGCACCGCUCAGGCGCCCGUGUUUCCGUCCUGCAGCAUGGCAUCUUACUCUUGUUUAGUGUGGUAAGGAGUGGGAUGAAGUUGGUGGAGGUCAGCAGCACCGAAAUGGUUCCUCCUCCUGGAGGACUGGGAAGAGGGGCACGCAUUCCUUCUGACAAGCGUCGAGCAAAGGUCAGACCAAGACUAAAUGCCGCCAGCGCACAUGUCAAGCAUAGCCCAGCGAGUCGGCGGCACACCUUGUACUCAAGGUAUGGCUCCGUGCACCAUGCCUUUUUUCCUGAGAAAGACAUGGCUGACCCGGCAGAGGAUCCGGAACGGUCCAACGGCGGAGGUCAAUGUCGAGCCAUCCAUCUGCAAGGCACGAUUAGCUUUCCUAAAGUCAGUGGCUCUUCCUGUCCGGGUGUUUGUAUUCCUUUUCCCUUCUUUGUUAUGUUCCUCAUCGUCUUUGUUCAUCACUGUUCGACCGCCGUUUGGUCUAGCAACAAAGGCUUCGGUUACGAAUCUCAUGUCCCUUUCCCGCUGGAGACGAUGAACAUUUUGAAAUCUGUUAUGCGGAAGCAGGAGAUGGCUUCGAAUCCCGCUGCCGACGACACCUGCUGCGCAAUAUGUUACGAAAAAGUAGGCGAGGCUAAGGAGGAGGGCGACAAGGAGGUCUGGCGAUAUCUCCCCUGCGGCCACCGCUUCGGCGGCGACUGCAUACAACACUGGCUCGGCGUCGCCAGCGUCGAUGAGCCGCACUGCCCUUGGUGUAGGGUGAGCAUGCGGUGCGACUGUGGACAUCCCGUGGUGCCGACGACAAAGGCGACGCGCAAUUACAUGUACUGGGGCUGGAUGCCGUGCGAAAUAUGUCACACGCAACUACACCGUACUCGCAAAACAUCCAAAUAUUUUCGCGGUCAGCUUCUACCGCGGCUCAACUCCCUCAUCCACUCGCUCGAUCACAACAUGGCGUCCAUUCCUCAAGAGGUGCCCAAGGAACAGGAAGAAACACCAACAAAAGAGCCUUGGGAGGAUCGUGAAGUAUGGAGGAGGAAGUGGACCGAACAUUUUAUCCAAGAAGAUCGGAAAGCUUCUGGAUCGAAAUCGCCAAAGAAAUAA